AUGGGACCCACCCCAGGAGUGCAUCAUGAGUAUAUGCCCUGCAAUCGCCACCUUGAGAACCGUCAGUCCCCCGAGAUCAAGUUCAUUAAAAACUUCCCGUCGCUCGAAACAUCGGCUACCACAGUUGAACUGGGCGACCACUGUGAGGGGGGCGUCCAGGGCGACCACUGUGAGGGGGGCGUCCAGGGCGACCACUGUGAGGGGGGCGUCCAGGGCGACCACUGUGAGGGAGGCGUCCAGGGCGACCACUGUGAGGGGGGCGUCCAGGGCGACCACUGUGAGGGGGGCGUCCAGGGCGACCACUGUGAGGGAGGCGUCCAGGGCGACCACUGUGAGGGAGGCGUCCAGGGCGACCACUGUGAAGGGGGCGUCCAGGGCGACCACUGUGAGGGAGGCGUCCAGGGCGACCACUGUGAGGGGGGCGUCCAGGGCGACCACUGUGAGGGAGGCGUCCAGGGCGACCACUGUGAGGGGGGCGUCCAGGGCGACCACUGUGAGGGGGGCGUCCAGGGCGACCACUGUGAGGGGGGCGUCCAGGGCGACCACUGUGAAGGGGGCGUCCAGGGCGACCACUGUGAGGGAGGCGUCCAGGGCGACCACUGUGAAGGGGGCGUCCAGGGCGACCACUGUGAGGGAGGCGUCCAGGGCGACCACUGUGAGGGGGGCGUCCAGGGCGACCACUGUGAGGGGGGCGUCCAGGGCGACCACUGUGAAGGGGGCGUCCAGGGCGACCACUGUGAAGGGGGCGUCCAGGGCGACCACUGUGAAGGGGGCGUCCAGGGCGACCACUGUGAAGGGGGCGUCCAGGGCGACCACUGA